AUGGCCAGCGCAAGCAAGUACAAAUACAACGACAUCAUCUACGAAGUCAAGGGCAAGAUCGGCAUCAUCAAGUUCAACCGGCCCAAAUCCCUCAAUGCCUUUGGCGGCAGCAUCCUGAUGGACACGGUGUCGGCGCUGCGCGAGCUCAACGACCAUCCCGACACUGUCUUCACCGUCCUCACGGGCGAGGGCAGGUUCUUCUCCUCGGGCGCGGAUGUCAAAGCCGCCGCGGGCAAGCCGAGCGUCGAGUUUCCCAACCCGGCGGCGAAGAAGAUUGAUUUCAUGGCCAGUAUCAGCACCGCCAUCGAGCUCCUCCGCUCCAUGAUCGACCACAAGAAAGUGCUCGUGCUGGCGCUCAACGGGCCCGCCGUCGGCGGCGGCGCGGCCUGGUUCGAAGGCAUCGCCGACAUCGUCCUGGCCGCCGACACGGCAUACCUCCAGGUGCCCUUCAGCGCGCUGGGCCUGGUGCCCGAGUUCGGCUCCGCGACCGCCUUCUACCACUCGAUCGGCGCCCACCGCGCCAACGACUUCCUCAUGUUCGGCCGCAAGCUGACCGCCCAGGAGCUCGAGUCGUGGGGGCUCAUCAACCGCGUCUUCCCCGCCCAGGGCUUCCACCAGACGGUCCUCGAGUUCCUCGAGGAGCAGCUCAGCAUCAACGACGGCAAGUCCAUGAUGGAGACCAAGCGCCUGCAGAACCUUCCCCUGCGGCGGGAGCGGAUGCUCGCCGUGUACGACGCCGCCGAGGCCCUGGCAGAGCGGUUCGUCGAGGACGCCCCCAAGCAGAGGUUCGCGGAGAAGAACAAGCUGUUGCUUGAAAAGUCAAAGUCGCGGUCGAAGCUCUAA